AUGGCACAAUCAGAACCUAAUGGACUAUUUGCGAUGGUGGAACUCAACUACCAAGGGGUAUUUAAUCGAAAUCCUUUCUCUUACACUGGUGGUGUUAAAACCAUCUUCAAUGAUGUUGAAUUUUCUUCUAUGACUUAUUCUGAGUUUGUGACCUUCUGCGAACGUUCCAUGCAUGAAGAGUGUAAAAAUUUUUACUACUAUGAACCAGACAUGUCCUUCAUGGAAGGCCUUAAUCCCAUUUCAGAUGAUGUGGAAUAUUCUGCUUUUAUUUUUGAUGCUUAUGGAACAGAUGGUGUAAUUUCGGUUUUUGUGGAUCAUAUUGGGACAUCAAAUGAUCCUUUCUUGAGUAAGCUAUGUGUUGAUGAUGAGGAUGCAAACAACAUUGUAGAUGAUGACAAUGGGAGAGAAGUUGAAGUUAACAUACAAGCUCAUUCCAUAUUUAAUGAGCUAUUACACUGGAAAAAACAAAAACCAAUUCUAGGGAUGAGAUUUAAGGGUCCAGGGCAAGUAAAAUCAAUGUUGUGUAACUAUGCUGUAGCUAAUGGAUAUCAAUUGUGUUUUGAAAAAAAUGAUCGGACAAGACUUUUGGUGAGGUGUAGCAAAGGUGCUUGCACAUUUAGAUUAUGGGCUUCCUGGAUGAGUGAUGAAGAGAGUUUCCAAAUCAAGUCACUAAAAGCUGAUCAUAAUUGUGCUAGGAACUUCAAGUUUGGAUCAUUGGUGACAUAUGCAUGGAUUGGGAGUCACUAUACCAAAGAGAUUGUAGAAAGUCAGAAAAUAAGUGUAAGGAAGCUUAGGUUAAAGGUAAUGGCCAAGUUUGGUAUCCAAGUUAGUAUGGGGCAAUGUAGAAGAGCAAAGAAGUAUGCACUGAAACUUGUUGAAGGAAACCUUGUUGAACAUUAUGGUAAGCUAUGGUCAUAUGGUCAUGAGAUUUUAAGGACAAAUCCUGGGUCAACUGUGAAACUAGAUAUGGAGGAUGGGCCAGAUGGAAAGAAAUAUUUUAGCAAGUUCUAUUGUUGUUUUCAAGGAGUUAAACAAGGUUGGAUUGAAGGGUGUAGAAGGGUAAUUGGUCUUGAUGGAUGUUUUCUUAAAGGUGUUUGUAAGGGAGAAUUGCUUUGUGCUAUUGGGAGGGAUGCAAAUGACAAGAUAUAUCCUAUUGCUUGGGCAGUGGUUAAUGUGGAGAACAAGCAGAAUUGGAAGUGGUUUCUAGAGCUUCUCAUUGAUGAUCUACACUUGAAUUUAGGCAAUGGUUUCAGUUUAAUGUCAGACCAACAUAAGGGUUUGAUAGAGGCUGUUAAAGAGUUGCUGCCAUAUGUAGAGCACAGGCAGUGUGCUAGACAUAUUUGCCAGAAUUUGCAGAAGAGAUUUACUGGUGCCAUAUAUCAUACCUUGUUUUGGAGAGCAUCUAAAGCCACAACUGAGCAUGCUUUUAAAGUUGUGAUGAAAGAAAUUGAGACAUUGAACCCAGAAGCCCAUCAAUAUCUCAUGGAGAAAGAUCCUAAAACAUGGUCUAGAGCUUUCUUUCAAACUGGAAGGUGUUGUGAUGCAGUUGAAAAUGGGUUCUCAUAA